ACUGUCGCUAUCCACUGUCGCUGUACCUGCGUGAUAAAUCUUGCUGCUGUGUCUUUGAUCGCCCGGGCGUGCUCGUCGCGAGAACAUGUGAUGGGCAGCCACAGUGUGGAAGACAGCCCUGGAGUCCUUUGAUCAGUGCUACUUUGAGCAUGAGCGACGCCGCAUUCGCCCCACCAUUGGACAAAGAUGAGGAGAGCUCCAUACAUCAUCCAUUCUAACGUUACCUAAUGAUCAUGGUGAUGCACAUAUUCGCAGAGCUGAUCAUAACACCUUGAGAAGGAUAUUGAUUUCCAGAGUCUGCCGACGAGUCGCUCACAUUGAUCGAAAUGGCUGCACUCAAUGUCUGCAUGGUCGGAACCGGCGAAUAUACGACCGGCUAUGUAGGCGGGAAGCAGUCCGGAUCGGACAAGAAAGUAGGUGUUGUAGGACUCACCUUGUUCGACCUCCGUCGUCGCGGGAAAGUCGGGAAGUUGAGCAUGGUCGGAACGACUGGUGGCAAGUUUCCUGCCAUCAGGGCUCAUCUCGAAAAGAACAUCAAAGAGGUAUACAAUGGUCUUGACACUUCAUUUGAAUCCUUUCCGGAGGACAAUGAUGUCGACAAAGAGGCAUACAAGAAGGCAAUUGAUGCACUGAGUCCUGGCGAUGCGAUCACAAUAUUCACCCCUGAUCCCACUCAUUACCCGAUUGCGUUAUAUGCUAUCCAAAGGAAAAUCAAUGUCAUGAUCACCAAACCUGCCACCAAAAGACUGGCUGAACAUCAACAUCUGCUCCAAGAGGGCCGCAAGCACAACGUUUUCGUCUACGUUGAGCAUCACAAGCGUUUCGACCCAGCCUAUGCAGACGCACGAGAGCGGGCUAUCAAAGGUGGUUUGGGGGAAUUCAAUUACUUCUAUAGCUACAUGUCCCAACCAAAAACACAAUUGGAGACAUUCAAAGCUUGGAUCGGCCAGUCAGAUAUUUCUUACUAUUUGAAUAGCCAUCAUGUCGAUGUUUGCGAAUCAAUGAUCCCGGAAUACCGACCCAUGCGUGUCACGGCGAGCGCUUCGUUUGGCAUUGCGAGCGAUCUCGACUGCGACACCGAGGACACCAUAACUCUAUUGGUUGACUGGUCGAAGAAAAGCGACCCCAGGAGGAAGGCGACAGGCGUUUACACAGCAAGCUGGACAGCCCCGAAGAACGCAGGGCUUCACAGUCAGCAGUAUUUCCACGCUGGUUUCUCCAAGGGCGAGGUCCGAAUCAAUCAGGCCAAGCGAGGCUAUGAGGUGACUGAAGACGAUGCCGGGCUCAUGUGGUACAAUCCCUUCUAUAUGAAAUAUGCUGUUGAUGAAGAAGGCAACUUCGCUGGACAGAGCGGGUAUGGCUAUGUGAGCUUCGAAAAGUUUGUCGAUGGCUGCCAACAACUCAGGGAUGGCAAGGUGACUUUGGAUGACUUGGACAAGCGAGGUCUGCCUACACUUAAGAAUACUCUUGGAACAUGUGCGAUCCUGGAGGCCGGCCGGAUCAGCUUGGAUGAGCAAAGGACCGUCGAGAUUCAGGAAAACGAUGGCAUCUGGUCCUUGAAAUAGAUUGGCUCGUCCUUAUUCGUCAGAGGAAAUAUGCUGCUCACAGCAAUGGAGAAUUGUUCUCCUUAAUAUCAUAAUCUGCAUGGUCGCUCAUCCGC